AUGGAGAUUUCAGGCAUCACAGAGUCCUACUACAGCACAGUCACCAAGAAUGAUUUCUUUCCUGGAAUGUUGUGUUUGAGCAUGGAUGUGCGGCCAUUUGGAGUCACAGUGCUGACCCCCCUGUACUCCCUGGUGUUCAUCAUUGGAGUGACAGGCAAUGUCCUGGUGGUUCUGGUGCUCCUGCAGCACAAGAGGCUUCGAAGCAUGACCAGCAUCUACCUAUUCAACUUGGCCAUCUCUGAUCUGGUCUUCCUCUUCACAUUACCUUUCUGGAUUGACUAUAUAAUAAAAGGAGACUGGGCUUUUGGUGAUGGUAUGUGUAAGUUCAUUUCUGGGUUUUAUUACCUGGGCUUGUACAGUGGCAUGUUUUUCAUCACCCUGCUUACAAUUGAUAGGUACCUAGCCGUUGUCCAUGCUGUGUUUGCCCUGCGAGCCCGGACUGUCACUUUUGGCAUCAUCACCAGCAUCAUAACCUGGGUCCUGGCCAGCCUGGCUUCCAUUCCUUGUCUGUAUUUUUUCAAGGCCCAGUUGGAGUUCACUUACCAUAACUGCAGAGCAGCUUUACCCAAAGAGAGUCUGAAACAUUUUUUGAGGUUUCAGGCUCUAACAAUGAACCUCCUUGGACUAAUUUUACCUCUCUUGGCCAUGAUCAUCUGCUAUACAAGGAUCAUCAGUGUUCUACACAGAAGACCCAAUAAGAAGAAGGCCAAAGCUAUGCGUCUGAUUUUUGUUGUCACCCUUCUCUUCUUCCUCCUCUGGACCCCCUACUAUCUGGCUGCAUUUGUUUCUGCUUUUGAAGAUUUCCUAUUCUCAGGCAGGUGUGACAGAAGCCGACAGUUGGACCUGGCCUUGAUGGUGACUGAGGCCAUUGCCUACACCCACUGCUGUGUCAACCCAGUCAUUUAUGUCUUUGUGGGUGAGAGGUUCCGGAAGUACCUCAGGCAGCUGUUUCAGAGGCUUGCAAUUAUACCCCUGGCAAAAUGGCUGCCCUUCCUUUAUGUGGACCGAACACAGAGGGCCAAUACCAUGUCUCUAUCCACAGGAGAAAAUGAGCUCUCUGCUGGCUUAUAA